CUCCUCGCGUUUAGGUCGUGUUUGCCUCCAAAGUCUCCGUCUUUCUCAGCUCAGCGGAUUCUCUUAACCGAGUCUCUGCCCAAAUCUGAUCUGAUACCAAUCUGAAGAGGGGAGCCUGUCAAUUUUCGAUUUGGGGUUUCUAUCGAAUCGGAAUCGAAGAUGUUCGGAGGAGGUAGGGCGGCCAAGAAGAGCGAUAACUCAAAGUACUAUGAGGUUCUGGGAGUCUCCAAGACUGCUUCCCCUGAUGAUUUGAAGAAGGCUUACAAGAAAGCCGCCAUCAAAAACCAUCCUGAUAAGGGCGGAGAUCCUGAAAAAUUUAAAGAGUUGGCUCAGGCUUAUGAGGUUUUGAGUGACCCGGAGAAGCGUGAAAUAUAUGAUCAGUACGGUGAGGAUGGCCUGAAGGAUGGUGGGCCACCGGGCCAUGACCCAUUUGAUAUCUUCUCGUCAUUCUUUGGUGGUGGUGGCAGCCCAUUUGGAGGCAUGCCGGGUGGUGGUAGUAGCAGAGGAAGGCGCCAGAGACGUGGAGAGGAUGUGGUUCACUCAUUGAAGGUCUCUUUGGAAGACCUAUAUCUUGGAACCUCGAAGAAACUUUCCCUGUCACGGAAUGUGUUGUGCUCCAAGUGCAAAGGUAAGGGGUCAAAAUCCGGUGCCUCGACCAAGUGUGGUGGUUGCCAAGGAACUGGUAUGAAGGUCACUAUUAGGCAUCUUGGACCCUCUAUGAUUCAACAGAUGCAGCAUGCUUGCAAUGAAUGCAAGGGUACUGGGGAGACCAUCAGUGACAAGGACCGCUGUGGACAGUGCAAGGGAGAGAAGGUUGCUCAAGAAAAGAAGGUCUUGGAAGUUCAUGUCGAGAAGGGUAUGCAGAAUGGACAGAAGAUCACGUUUCCUGGUGAAGCUGAUGAAGCUCCUGACACAAUCACUGGUGAUAUAGUAUUCAUCAUUCAGCAAAAGGAACAUCCCAAAUUCAAGAGAAAGGGUGAUGACCUUUUUGUGGAACACUCUUUGUUGCUGACGGAUGCUCUAUGUGGUUUCCAGUUUGUGCUGAACCAUUUGGAUGGCAGACAGCUACUUAUCAAAUCCAACCCUGGUGAAGUUGUGAAGCCUGAUUCGUUUAAGGCUGUCAAUGAUGAGGGCAUGCCAAUGUAUGGGAGGCCUUUCAUGAAGGGCAAGCUAUACAUCCAUUUCUCAGUCGAGUUCCCUGAAACGCUGAGCCUUGAGCAGGUCAAGGCUUUAGAAGCUGCUCUUCCAACAAGGGCAUCAUCUCAGCAGCUGACAGAUAUGGAGCUGGAUGAGUGUGAAGAGACGACUCUCCAUGAUGUGAACAUGGAGGAGGAGAUGAGGAGGAAACAGCACCACGCGCAUUCGGAGGCCUAUGAUGAGGACGAAGACAUGCCUGGUGGUGCGCAGAGGGUGCAAUGCGCGCAGCAGUGAUUGUAUUCAUAACUCAUAGAGGAUGUGUUGACUGUGAUGAGUGGUGUUCUGGAUGAAACUUUAAAAUUUUGGCAGGACUACUUGGGGUGUCUAAAGAUUAUUUUGAAAGUUUCUAUUCUAUUCUUGAACUAUUUAUAAAUGACCAUAGUUCCUACUGUUCCUAUGGUGAAUUCGAUUGACUAAGCUGUCUGAUUUGGUUAAGGCGCUAAUCUUUCUGUCUGUCUAAAUGCUGAUAACAUCGUAGAUAAUAAAUUUUUGUGGAUUUAGCAUGAGAUUCUGUCUGAAAAUCAUGUUCCAGGCGGCUGCUAUUUUGUGUUCAUCUUGCACAGAAAAAAAUUGCACACACAAUCCAGACAAUGAUGCAUCAUCGGUUUAGCGGUUUGGUUAUACAUUGCCAGCUUCAUAUGUGACCCUAACACGGGUUGAAUUGUUAGUUCCAGGUCCUAGCUGUGCUAAUAACAUUCGGGUUUAUGUUUUGGUGGCCCUAACUUGUUGGAUUACCCUGGGUUUAGUUAUUUUCAAUUCUUAAUACGAAUUGUGGGAGCUCGUUUCGGUUCAUUUUAGUUUUGACAAUAAGGCCUCGUUUGUAACCAUUAGGAACAGAAAAUUGUUUAUUUUCUGGAAUGUUGAAGGAAUGCUUAAGGAAAUGAAAGUCCUGAAGGCUGAGAAAAUAUCAGAGAAAAUUGUUCUUUCU